AUGUCUCCUUAUUCCACUUCUUCUGCCGCCUCGAGCCAGACUGCCGUGGCCGAACCUCAAGCACAGCUUCUCGAGCACUCCGGGUCCGCCUUGAAGGCAUCCAAGAGUCACAAAAAGUCCAAAACUCCUCAAGAAUGGUCUCCCGAGCUUCGUCAAGCAGUUGCGCAUGACAUCGAUGAUUUCUUUGGUGGCCCUGAGCCAGUAAAGGUCAAGAAGCCUAAACCUGCCGUUCCCAAGGCCCCUCGUGCGGACCGUGGCCACAGUGCGUCCAACUCAUUAGGUACUGCUUUACCACCUUCUUACGAACUUCCUUCCCAUCUUGCGCCUGUCUCUAAACCCCGUACUAUUGCCCGGUCUUUUUUCUUAUAUGGAUUCAUCUUUCCUCCUUUUUGGGUAAUCGGCGCUUGCAUCUUGUGGUCUAAACUCAGACCGGAUCCUGAACCUACUAUCGAACCUCUACCCAAAGAAAUCGAAGCGGGCUACGGCAGAGCACCCUCUGAAGCUUACAAGCGAGCCGAGUACAAGCUCCUUCGGCACACUGAACUCGUAUGGGCCCGGCGCUGUCUAAUUGCUGCAAUCACUUUCGUUCUCGUGGUUAUCGUUAUUAUUGUGGGUACACGCGUCGCUGGCAUCGGGGCGUUUGCGAGUUCGGAUUCGAAAACCAUGCCUCGGCCAAUUAUUGGCUAG